UGCAAAACAUAAUUGAAGCACGGCAACACAAAUUACAAGCGAUUUAGCAUAACAAGAUGUAGUACGGUUUAUGUAUCGUAGUGAUACCCCAAACGAACAGUGCAUAAAAUAUCUAUUCAUAACAAUGAUUUGCUCAAACUGUGAUGUGAUGUUUUAUUUAUAAUUUAAUCGAUAUGUGAUAUUCCUUGUUUUAUUGUUGUGAUACUCCCAGCUUGACAGCUAAACUGAGACUGGAAUGUAUUCUGGUGUCUCGCAAUUACAUGAAAAUGCUCGCCAAAUCUGUUUGAUAAUGGAAAGUUUCUGUUUGCCUGGAAAAUCAAAGUCUGUGGAAUUCUAUACAAGAUUGCUGUUGAUAGACGUGAUAAGGAACAGGACGAUUGUGAAGGUUUUGCUGAUAUCCCCGAAUAUCCUGAAUGUAGGCUAAACCAAUGUCAGUCUCAGUGGUCAUGUGAAAGCUUUUCUAUUAUUGCAUCAAAAACAGUGCAACAAAAAUCGCUUUGCUAUCGAUUUUUGCUGUGUGGCGCUAAGAAUGGUGGCAGGCUGUCUGCAUGUGUGGUAGUGUACAGUAUCCUUGCAGUGAUUUUUCAGUAUUUUUCGUAUGUUUUCACUGUCAACUAUUGACAGCAAUAUGUAGCCAACAUUUAUUUAUUUGAAUAAAAAUCAGGGCUGUUCGGUAUGAGUGACAGAAUGGACGGCUGCCAUUGCUAGUUUGAUAUGUAAAAAAAUAAAAUGGAUGUGCCAGUAUCCUUCAGCUAAAAUAACCGAGUGUGGUAAGAAUACAGUUGAAAUCCAUCAGUCCUAUAUCGUGAAAAUGGGACAGGCAUCGAGUCAGAACGACGAUGCUGAACCCAACCAGGAAGACGACGAAAUCAUCCCAAUGAAUGAGGAUCGUUUUCUGACUGAUAGUGAUAUUGCAUGUGAGGAAUCAUCCAGAUUAACCGCUGAACUACAAGAGGAAGCAUCUCCUGAGGAUGACGAUGGAAUGUGUGAAUAUCACGAUAUGCCGCCUCCGCCGGAUGGCGGCUACGGAUGGGUCAUUGUGUUUGCGUCGUUUAUGUGUAAUAUGAUAGUGGAUGGUAUCGCCUAUACCUUCGGUGUGUUCCUGAAUGAUUUUGUAGAAUAUUUCGGCGAGGGCAAGGGUACGGUAGCAUGGGUCGGUAGUUUACUUAGUGGGAUGUACUUAAGCGCGGGUCCAGUGGUAUCGGCACUGGCGAACAAAUAUGGCUGCCGAGCAGUCUGCAUAGCUGGCAGUAUCAUUUCCUGCGCGGCUUUUGCCCUCAGUACAUUGAGCACCAAUGUAACGAUGAUGAUGUUAACGUAUGGCGUGAUGGGUGGGAUAGGAUUUGGGUUUAUCUAUCUGCCGGCAGUUGUGGCCGUUGGGUACUACUUUGAAACAAAACGUUCCUUGGCGACUGGUAUUGCUGUGUGUGGUUCUGGCUUUGGUACCUUCGCUUUUGCUCCGUUGGCGAAUUUGUUGUUGGAGCAUUUUGACUGGAAGAAUGCCACCCUUAUAUUAGCUGGUCUAAUAUUAAACUGCGCUGUUUUCGGUGCAAUGAUGAAACCCCUAACGUACCCCAAGGAAGAUAAAGUGAAGCCCCUUAUGCAGAGAAUGUAUGAAGAAAAACGUAUGCAAAUGGAACGUGGUUCGAUUGGCGGUUCCUAUUUCAUGGUGCAAUUACCAGACGGUACAAUGGAAAAAAGACUGAAAGCUCCUCUGAAUGCCGAUCCAGGCGUGCACUCGAGUUUAGCUCUAGAUCAAUUGGCCGCACAACAGGGUGGCAUACACGCGGUUGCCACUCUACCCACUAUCACUGAAUCGAAAGUUCAGGAGCAGAAUGGCUCUAGUAAUUCUUCGUCCGAGUCCAGCCAAAUAGAGAUGAAGAAGCCAUUGCAGAGAAAACAUAAUGCCAGUUCCGAAUCCGACGCGAAUGAGUACAGUCCGAACAAUUUGCCACGUAAUGCCUCACAACCUGCUUUCACAAGUAACCAAUCAGGUAUCCCAAAGAACGGAUCCGUUCCAACGUUCGAUCGCAUUCGUAAGCAUUCGACAGGUGAAAGAUUUAAACCAUCCUUAGCUGCUAUAAAAGCAAGCUCUAGAGGUGAUGUUAGUAGUAACGGAGAUGUACGUAAAACUAUGCAUUUGAAACUGUCACGCGGUUCUGUCAACGGCAGCAAAAAUAAUAACGCUGAAGAUUUAGAAGAUGGCAAUAUGUUCACAUCCAAAGCAUCGCUGAAAGCCGACCGUCCUGCAAUGGUGCGUCCGUUGUCCCGCAAGGAUAUCUUCUACUCGGGAUCGGUUACUAAUCUUAAGGAGUACCAGUCGCAAAAAUCACUCACAAACUAUCGCAAUUCCGUCGUAUCAUUAACUAAGUUCGAGCGCGAUCAUAGAGCCGAUGUCGCUGUUCGUGACGAUGUGGAGAAAGGAGCUGAACAAUAUGAUCUAUGUCCUUGCCUUGUGCUUCCGGAAUCUUUCAAAAACGCCAUUGGGGCCAUGAUGGACGUGAGUCUACUCAAGGAUCCCGUGUUCAUGAUGAUCGGCAUUUCGAACGUGUUCGGAAUGGCUGGUUUGUAUGUGCCAUUUGUGUACUUAGUUGAUGCGGCUGUACUUGGAGGAAUCGAACUGAACAAAGCUUCCUUCCUUAUAUCUAUCAUUGGUAUUACGAAUACCAUCGGUAGGAUUGUUUGCGGCUAUGUUGCUGAUUUUCCGAAAGUGGAUGCGUUAUUUUUGAAUAACAUUUGCCUUGUGAUCUCUACGUUCGCUGUCGCAUUAACGCCAUUCUGUCAAAGCUACGCGUCAUAUGUUGUGAUGGCAAUUGCUUUCGGAAUAGCAGUUGCCGGAUAUAUCUCGCUAACGUCAAUUAUUCUGGUAGAUUUACUGGGACUGGAUAAACUUACAAAUGCGUUUGGUUUGCUUAUUUUGUUCAGAGGAGCUGCUACGAUUGUCGGUUCUCCGUUGGCUGGUGCUCUGUACGAUGCGACGCAGACAUACUCGGUGCCAUUUUAUGUGGCCGGUGGACUGUUCGGACUAUCGGCCAUUUUCAGUUUUGCAGCGCCAGCCAUGAAAAAAUACCGCAAACAAGAGGAGGCCCCCGUACACGUGGAAGUGUUGACCCCUAUUGACGAGGAACCGUCGGAGGAUCUGGCUGACGACGAUCAACCCAUUACAAUUGUACCAAAGAUAGUUCAAACUGCACCAAGCCCAUCCACGGAGCAGCCGGUCACAGCGAACAGCAAGCACCCUUCCAACGGCAACACCAAAGACGGCGACAAGGAAAUCAGCCAGAUGGAGUCGGUGCUGUGAACACGGCACUAUGAACGCAUCGAUGCUUAACCUCUCAACAUAAAACACACCUAUACAUAUGCUGCGCGUGCGCUUGUGCUUAGUAUUGUACGUUGGGUAUGGAGGACGAAUAUGUUUUGAUUAUGUUAUAUUUAAUUGAAACAUUAACAAAAGUAGUGUCAUACAAUGAAAAAAAAGUGUUUGUAGCGAUAUCAAUCGAGAUGAAUGUGCGGUGUCUGACUCAAAUUUUUGUGUGGGUGUGUGUGUAUGUCUCCAUGCGUUAUCUAUGUUUUAAUUAUGUAAUUGCGGAAAACUAAAAAACGGUGACCGAAUUAUAAUGAAAAUAGAAUUGUAAAGCUAGUUCACGCAAACUUAUCCAAAACUGAAGCCAAUGUUUACCAAUGAACGGAACACAAUUUGAUAAGCAAAAAAGUAUUAGUUGGUUCUAAGUGUACAUAGAAAAUAUUUAGACAAGCAACAUUAAAGCGAUAUAAGCUUAUUCGAUGAUAGAAUAUGACAAAGAUUUUAACUACGAUAGCUGUUAUGAGAUUGAAUUGGUGAGUUGGAAGAUAAUGUAUUGUGAACCCUUCAGAAUCGAGAAUGAAUAGAAUCACGCCAUGUACGUUAAAUCUUAGAAUGCAAAUCUUUUCGUGUAGAGUGAACAGAACGCUGCAAACUUAUUUUGAUAUUAGAACGAGUAAGCAAGUUUACGGACAAACAAAUCAAUUUAGUUUAAUAGUAACUGCUAACAAAACAAGAAAAACAGUAGCUAGUAUUUCUUAUGUCAUGAAGCGCCAUUAAAAAUUGUCGUCACUUCCGUUCGUCGUGCAUGCGAUUUCAAUAGUGAAUCUAUCAUCUCAGUUUUAUUGUUAUGACAUCUUAUUAUCACUGUUCAUUCCUUCGAAAAAUAUGAUGAUUCAAAAAUGAAAAAAAAACUCAAAAGUUAUACAAGAUGAUACAUCUGAUUUGUCAACAUUAUUUCAAACAUAUCAAAGUGAAUCCUUGCAAUCGAUAUAGUUAGAGUUUCCCUAGUGUUCGAAAUACGUGAAACGUAUAUCGUAGAAAUAUAUUCAUUGUUGUUAUUUUCUGAAGUUGAUUUAUUCGGUUGUCAGAUUAUUAUAGUGUGAUGCACGGCGAGUGAUUUGAAUGACGGCAGUAACUAUUCAUAAGCUGACGCUACAAAAAUCAGAUGAAAAUGCUACAGAACGAACAAACAAAAUUGUUAAGAAAUAAAAAUGAACCAGAGAACGAAGAAUGUGAGAAAA